AUGAAUAAUGGAAGUCAAGGCCAAGAUGAUUUAAUAAAACUCUUAAGCUGAAAUUUUAAGCCUUUUUACAAGAAAUUAUUGAUUUGCUGAUUUAUUUUGAUUAUUAUCGCGGCAAGUUCAGUUGAAUUGUUUAAUAGCCAUUAUGAAGGGAUAUUUUUAUUGCUUCCAGUGAUCUUGAUUUUUUAUAAUGAAUUGGAAAAUUAUAUGAAUUUGAAGCUGAUUUGUGUUUUUUAUUCAAUAAUAGUAUCAUCAAUUCUAUAUUCUUAUCGAAGAAGCUCGAUCUUAGAAAACCUGCCUAUUAUUUUACUGAAUAUAUCAAUUCUUAUUAUUAUGAUCUUAUAUAUUUACUAUUUUAUUUACAGAAGUCAUCAGCCUGAGAUCGAUUCUCUUACUUCCCAUUUUAGAUCGAAAAAAUAUCCAUAAAUUUCUUUUUUUUUGGUAAAUUAAUUUCAUUUUGAUUGGAGUGAAGUCUAACUUUUUAUAGGUAAAUAAUGUUGUCUAUGAAAACAGUUAAUAUUCAAUUUAAUGUUCCAAAAACAUCAAAUUUUACUUAUAACUUGCUCUAUUUUGGCAAGGAAUAUAAGUAGCAAGCUAUUAGACAAUUUAGUUAUUUUAAUUGAUAGAUAUUUCCUAUAAAUUUUAAGGGUAAUUUUUGUCUAUUAAGGAGGGAGUUACUAAAAAUCCCAAAAAGAUAUAUAGAAAAUGCUCUAGAUGUUUUAUGUAUUUCCAAAACGUUAUAAAAAUUAUCUGUGGCCAUUUCUAUUGUACAGAUUGCUAUGAAAAUAUGGUAAGCAAACAAUUAUUACGAAAGGAUGCAUCUAAAGAUAUUUAUUGCUUAAUAUGUAACAAAGUAAUAGAGACAAAUAUAUUAAUUCAGAGCAAAAAGAGCAACUUAUUUUAUAGAACUAAAAAUCAAGACCCAGAAGUCCAAAAAUUCACUUGCAGACUUUGCAAUGCUACAGCUAAUAGUGGGAUAACUCUGGUCUGUAAUCAUCGCUAUUGCCAUUUAUGCAUACUCAAGCAUGUUGAAAAACUUAUUGACAACUCAAAAGUGAAUGCCUAUGAUUUUGUUUGUCCCGGAUGCCCUAACACAAUUUCAAUUGAGCAAGUAAAAUCUAUAAUAUCAAAAGAAUAUUAUGAUAAGUAUUUAAAUUUAGUAAUAAGAACUUAUAAGCCACAAGAAAAAGGCUUGAUCUUAAAGCAAUGCAUUUAUUGUGGAGUUUACAUAGAAAUACCUGAAGAAUUGGAAGAAUUACGAUGCCCGUCAUGCUUAAAUCUUUACUGUUUAAAAUGCAAUAAUAAACAUCAGAAUAUUACUUGUGAAGAUUUUAAGCUUAAGAAUGAAGAUGAAGAAAAAUUUUUGAGCAAAUAUUUGGCCUGCCCAAAUUGUCAUAGUGAAGUUGAUAAGAAUAAUGGCUGCAAUUAUUUAAUAUGUCCAUGCAAAACUCGUUUUUGUUCUAUAUGUGGGAAAGUAUUAAAAGUAGUUAAUAUUUAGGGAAGCCACUACAGCUAUCAUUUUAAAAAAGAAGGGCCAUUUGGAAAAACAUGCAAUACAUUAGAUAAAAUAGAAGAUGGCUUAUAA